GGUUCGUCACCAACUAGAACAAAGAAUGUCCUAAGAUUCCUUGACUGGAACACGGAAGUAGAAUUGGAAACGAGUUUAUUAUUAUUUUUUGCGUCGCUUGUGUUGAGUAAAGAAAGACAUACCGACUAAACUAAAUAGGCUACCCAGCUCUCAUUUUACUGAAAAUGUCUAAACUACAGUUGUUGCGUGUAUUUUUAAAUGAGCGUUUAACGGCGGCUGCUGUGGAUAUUUUUGGGGAGGUUGAGAAAACGGUAGUAGAGUACCAGGAGGAGAAUGAUCGGCUACUGAGAAUGCUGCGGAUCACACCAGAGAUACAACUAUGUAGAAUAGAAUCCCUGCCACUCUCUGUCUCUGAAGAGGAGGUUCCCCCUGAGCAGCAGGAGUGGAGCCCCAGUCUUGGGCAGAAGGACCCAGAGUCCAAACUGAUUAAAGAGGAACAGGAGGAAGUCAGGACCAGUCAGGAGGAAGAGCAGCUUCAAGGGGUGGAGCCUGAUGUCAUAGAGUUCAUAUUUACUCCUUCCUGUGUGAAAAGUGAAUGUGAUCUGGAGGACCCACGUCAAGAAGCCGUACUAGCUGAAUACCCAACUCUCAGUCCACUGAAAACAUCUAAACUACAGUCGUUUCGAGAGUUUUUAAAUGAGCGUUUAACGGCGUUUGCUGCUGUGGAGAUUUCUGGGGCAUUUGUGAAAAUGGUAGCAGAGUACCAGGAGGAGAAUGAUCGGCUACGGAGACUACUGCGGAUCACACCGGAGAUUAAACUAUGUAGAAUAGGUUUGUAUGUAGAUCUACUGAUAGUUAGCUAUAGUUCUACUCAAUGAAAAUGUUUUU